CUUCAAUUCGCUCUUACGACCUGUUAACGCAAUGAGGUCCUACCCGCAGUAUCGCCUGCUAUUUCUUGUGUUUGCUCUUGUGUGCUGUUUCUAUGCCCUACGUCCGUCUGCUAUGAAGAGUUCUGGAACCUCCCACCUUGCCAAAAUCGCGGUAACAGGCUCCAAUGGGUCUGUAGGAAAACGCGUAGUUCUCGCGGCUCUUCAACGCGGCUAUCAGGUCGUCGGGAUCGACCACUCUUCUGCGAUCAUGCCAGAGAACGCAGAGAAUUUUUCGUUUCUCCAGGUCGACCUGAAAGACUACGAGCAGACACUAAGAGCUCUUGAAGGAUGCCAAGCCGUCAUCCAUCUCGCUGCUGUGCCCAAUCCGGCGGACUAUCGAGUGCUCACUCACAACAGCAAUGUCAUCAUCUCCUGGAACGUCCUCCGCGCUGCUUCAGAGCUCGGUAUCAAACGCAUAGCACAGGCCUCCUCGGUCAACGUUCUUCCGAUGGUGUACAGCAAAGAGCACCGAUUCGAGUUCUUUCCUAUCGACGAAAGCCACGUCUGUCUACCCGAUGAACCCUACGGGCUCUCCAAAGUGAUAUCUGAGUUACAGGCCGACACUAUCGUCCGCCGGUAUCCUGAUCUCAGAGUCGCCAGUCU